GUGCACCUUCGCGCAGACGUAAAGUUGGGGCCUCGGCUGGUCUUGUCCUCAUAACGGCCCGCGGGGACGACGUUGUUGUGUACAUUAUGCAGAGACCCUUGAAAACGUCUUCAGUCUGCUCCUUUUUCUGAGGCCCACAGAAAUUAUGGUCCAUUCAUGACGUACUACGCGGGUUUGCGAAGCUGAGGGCAGACAGACAGGCAGGCAGGCAGGCCGCGUUUUGUGUUGUAGUACAUAAUAGUAGUCUUCAGGACUACCUAAGCAGAAUGUGUGACAAACGCUCGGAGUAAUCUUGACCGAGCUCGAGACUUGAAACAUUCGGUAGACUGCGGAGCGAGUGACUUUUUCUUAUUGUGGUUGACGGUAUUAUUUAUUUCUCCGGUUACAGAGGAAAUACUAAACAUCUGAGGUCAGUUCGAUAAGCUGUAGGCUAGGCGUGUCUCGGGGGAGGUUACAUCGAGGUUGACUUCGAGCGCUACAGGCACAACUGUGACGAAGAUGGCUUGUUUGGUUCCUCUUGCGACCCCAUGUUCACCUUUUGUCUAAGCAGGCCAAGAGAAACGAUGAGAUUCAAGAUACGGAUAUUCUGUGAUGCCGACUUCUAUACGUCAAAUUGUGAUGUCCAGUGUUUGGCUCAAGACUCGGACAGUGGUCACUACGUUUGUAAUCCAAAGAACGGGACCAAAAUCUGCCUCGCAGGAAAAAACUGCACUCAGAUGGAGAACCCAUGCGACUCGAAGCCGUGUGUGAACAACGCUACGUGCUACAGCUCUAUCGGCUCCGUCAGCUACACAUGCAACUGUACUGAGGGGUGGGAGGGGCAAAACUGCCAGGACAGAGUCAGCCCCUGUGUGUCUGACCCGUGCUUGAAUGGGGGAACGUGUGUCAGCAGUGCUAACAGCACAGUCUUCAACUGCACUUGUCCGAGUGACUAUGCUGGAGAUAUCUGCAACGACACUGCUUCUACCGGAGGAACUGGUGAUACAGGUGGCGGCAAAACUGAUAGACAGACUUCUUCAGAGGAAGAUUUCCCACUCUGGAUCAUCGUCCUCAUCUGCAUCCUUCUCCUUGUUAUCCUCGUCGUUGUCAUUGUUUGCGUUGCAAUCAUGCGGAGAAGGAAAAGGAAACAGGCGCACGCCAAUGUGGGCCUCCCUCCGCCCCAGACGGUGGUUGUGUUUGGAGGCGACAAUCUGUCGUUUGAGAACACCAUGUACAACGACGUGCACAGGAAUGGAACCAGCACCCUGCCCGCCAAUGGCAUCCCACCGACAACACCUUCUGACGAUGACCUGUUCAACCCCGUGAAGCCUGCCUUCUGUGUCGAUUCGGAUGAGUCUGAAGAGGAGGGCGCUGUGGGCGGACAUCAUGACAUGGAUGUUGAUGGGUAUGUCCAGCCCAGCAAGACAAAACCGUCAGGGAAGAAAGGCAACACAGGUGAAUCCAGCGAGGAGCCACGCACUCGUCUUGAGACUCGGCCUAAUGAGCGAGCUCAGAACAACCCUUAUGCUGAUUUCAGAGCCUUGGGCCAAGCUCCAGAGAAACAACAACAGGAAGAGGUUCACUAUCACGACCUGGACGAGAUGGCUAUGGCGAUCAAGAAGGAUAAGUUUGUGGACGACGACGAUGAAGACUUUGACGAUCUGAGCGAUGACUCCGACCUGUCAGCGCCACCGCCAUUUGGAGAGGACACCGUGUCGUCACACUACUCCGACCUCCCCCGCAACACGCCCAAGAACAGCCUUCGUCUCCGCUCGGCGGACUGGGAUUCACUGGACCCACCGCCCCCACCCCCGCCCAGGAAUGACGAAAGUCCGUCCUAUUCUACACCAGUGAAGCUUCGAGAUGACGUUUUCCCCCUCCCGCCACCCGAGCCCACGUACUCAGAGCCGAGGAGUGACGUCCGUGAUCAGGCCACGCCCCCACCUUCCCUGACUCCGCCCACAGAGAACGCCUACGCCGAUAUACCCACUAACACACCCAAACCACGAGAUCCUUUCGCUGAGGGAAUACCGGAGGAUGACGACGUGGAUGUGGAUGCACGUCUGCCGGAUAUUUCCGGAUAUGCAACUCCUAACUCUUCUUGGCACAGGAACGUUGUCGCUCUUUCAUCUGAUGGCUCACCUUAUGACAGUCCACCCAACGGUCGGCCAUCCUCCAAUGGCAGCGAGUACGACUCACCACGCCCCUCCCACAGUAUGGGCCGCCCAGCUCCUCGUCCACCCAUCACAGCGCCAAAGCCGCCUUCCAGAAGCAUCUCUGCAGGGAAGAAAGGUCUGGCAUACGACGAUGUUGAUGUUACCACCGAUAGAAAAUUCAACGAAGCACCACAAGAUGAGGAAAAUGACGACACCGCCUCAACUGCCAGCCUUCCUAUUGCCCCACCCCCACCAAUCGGCUCUGAAACUCCGCCCACAGAUUCUCAAAAUAUGGGAAUUCCCACAGAACUGGGGUCUCACUAUAGGCCUAUCUCUGUGAGGGAAGGUUUUAGUCUUGACAGCGAAAACUUUGAAGAGGACGUCAGCGAAGAUGCAGAGACGGCCCCUGAAACAAGCAAACCAGCAAUUAAAGGACUUUACUUGCAGAACCACGCUUUCUCGAACGCGUGAGCGAACAUUCUACUCACCACUGUCAUUUGCAAUCCGUGUAACUUAAGAAUAGCAAGUAAAUCCAAUUUUCUCUCUGUUAACCUCAUUUUAAAAGAAGGAUCACGACAUAUCUCACUUACAAUCUUAAAGUUUUUUAAUGAACAGGAAUCGAUCCUGAAAGGUGCACUAACGACUAUUGUAUCAUCAAUUAAUUAUUGUUUCAAUUUUGAGUGGAAUUCUAUGUCCUCUCGCAGGUGCACUAAAACAGAGUAUGCACAGGAACACACAAGGGAUAAAAUAGUCUAUUUAGUUUAGGUAAAAAAAUGUUACGACACUUGCAACACAAAUAUGUCAUAUAAAUACCGACCUCACAAAAAUGUGCACAGGAAGUCUAUUUUAUUUUAGAUCUUUUUAUAACACCACUGGUAAAAUUAGGGUACUGUUAGUUACACGGACUGCAUAUUAUUGACAUGUAUAAUAUAAAUGACACUGACGAUCAGAGGAGGCUCUAUGUCUUGACUCGUGAGCCUGUCGUGAUAAUAAUUAAUAAUAUGUAUAUUAUUAUGUUUUAAGUGUUCUUGUCACUCGUUUCAUUGUCGCUGUCCUCAGCUAUUUUGGCCUGAUGACUGGGGAAGAGCGAUCGUAUUUAUUUGUUAAAACAACACAUUAAAAAUUAGUCCGGAAAACGGUCGCUCUUUGCCGGCGCAGCCACUUUUGCGGUUGCAGUUUAAUACAAAUAUCGUUGUUAUAAUUGUUGGUUGUAUCUUAUUAUUCGCAUUGUUAUUGUUAUCAGGGCCAAAAUGAGUGUUCCUUGUCAGCCGUACGAUUUUUUGGUGGGAACAAUAUUGUCUUUAAAUGACGUUCUCAGGUCUAUUAAACGGCCGAACUACAUAAAAUGUGGGAAUGAAAACUACGCACUAUCUCACUGCCCCAAAGAGAAAACUUAUUACAUGUAGCAUAAUCGUGCUUAUGUACUUCUACAUGUAUGAACUGACCGUUUUGGUUUUGGGCUCUUUUGUUGGGGAUAGGGGUGGGGGGGGG